AUGAGAAAAAAAGAGCGGACACAACGUAGAAGAGCAGAGCGCGAAAAGAAAGAGAAGACAGAGUACUUGAUGGGACCGCGGACAAAAAUGGUUGGAAAAGUUAGCAUUUGGGGUGGCUCCCGAAAAUUGAUUAAGGAGACCAAUCCCCUUCUUCAAGUCUCAUCAAAACCUGAAUUUCAACUCCCUGAAUCUAUCCCGAUCAGAGCGCCAUUGCAUUUUUACCCGAGAUUAGCUUAUGGGAAACGCGAUUCCCCAUGUUCACCAACGCCAUGUUUAAAAGUUAAACUGGCCAUACCUCCUGAACGAUACCCAUCUCUCUGGCUUUCUUGUGCUCUCUCUAUCCCAUCAUUCGUUGCCGCCGCCUCGUUCGGGUCGUAAACAUGGUGUCUCUCCUUUCUUUCCGUAUGCUCCUUGUCGGCACUCUCUUUCUCGGAUUCUCGUCACAAAUUUUAGCACAAGGAACAGGAACAUCGUCAGCUACGACAUCGUCAGCUACGACAGCGCAGCCUGCUUCCGGAACAUUUUCCACGCCUCCAAUCACAGGAGGAACCACGACGCGACCUCCAUUGAAUUCUAGUUCCACGGCUCUUCCCUCUGUCGCAGCCACAUCAACACCUCCAGAUGUCUACCUGAAUGUUCCCGAGCUCCAUGUUGGCCGCAUCGAGCUCGAUGUAGAAGAACUCCAGGCCGAUAUCAAUCUCAACGCCAAGGUCGCAGGACUUGUAACGGUGAACGCCGGAGUGAUGGUUUCCGUUCAGAAGAUCAAUGUCACGAUUACCGACGUGGACGCAAAUCUCGAACUCAUUGUACGCCUCGGUCAUCUCGUGGAGAUCGUUGAGCGUGUAUUCGAAUCUCUCGAUCUCAACCCACUCCUUAUUGGCUUAAUCAACAAUGUGACCUCUUUGGUGGGGGAAGUAAUCGGAGCGGUUGAUGGUCUCCUUGGAUCAAUCACCCAGGGUGGGAAAACCCUAAACUUCCUCGUUGAUAACCUCGGAAAUAUUGUGCAAGAAGUUGUCGGCGGGGCAACUGGAGCUUUGUCGAGCAUUGUCGGAAACUAUCAGCAGAAUAUGACCCAGGUCGGAGAUAUCAAGCAGCUAGGAAACGGACUCAUCCAAAAGACUUUUUCCUAUGCGCCAUUAAGCGCAUUGGUAGAUAUUGUGUUUAACACGGCCGGACAGGUUGUCCAGGCCACCGUCCAGAAGAGCAGCGGCGGGGGAGGUACUACAAGCACGCCUGUCGCCAGCAGUACUGCGAUGCCAGUAACAUUGCCCAUUAGAACGCCUAUUAGUACCUCGUAGAG